AUGGCCCCGGCGCUGGCCCCGACCCUGGCGCUGCUGGGACUGUGGGGCUGGGCGCUGGGUCCCGCGGGGGCUGUGGACGCGAUGGGGCCUCACCUGGCGGCCCGUCUGGCCGAGCUGCUGACCCCGGAGGAGUGUGGCCAUUUCCAGUCUCUCCUGCGGACGCCAGAUCCGGACGUCGAGGCCGAGCUCGCCAGGCUUUCCGAGGACCGACUGGCCCGCGUCCAGACGCAGAUGCCCGCGCUGCCGUCCCCGAGGCCCUUGUCGCUGUCGGAGAGGCCCGGGCAGCGGUGGUGGCGGCGGCGGCGGCGGCGGGGAUUGGGCCGGAGGGACGAAGCGCCCGAGGCGACGGACGGUUGCCGGGAGGCCCUGGCGGGCUGGCUGGCGGCCGAGGCCCCGUUCUUGUCGUGGGACCGCGUGGCCCGGGCCCUGCGGCGCUGCGGCCGGCCCGACGUGGCCCGCGAGCUGGGCAAAAGCCUCCACCAGCAGGCCACGCUGCAGCUGCGCCACUUCGGGCAGCGCUACCUGCCGCCCCGGGCCGGCCCCGCUGGCCCCGCCGCCCGGCCCCGCCGCGCCUCCGCCCCGCAGCUCGACUGGGACAAGCUGGAGCUGGUGCUGGAGCGGCGGCCCCAGGCGCCCUACGAGCGGAGCCCCGUGGGCUGGGCCGGGCCGCUGGCGCUCGGCCUCCUCUCCGGCUUCGCGGGCGCGCUGGGCUCCGGGGCGCUGCUCGUCCUGCUCACGCUGUGGCUCUUCGGCGGGGACCGGGCGCGACCCGGGAGCCCCGACCCGGCCGCCGCGGCCCUGUUCGUGCCCCGCCCGGGUCGCCGGGGCCGGACGCCGACGGGCAGUGCUCGGGCCCGGGGGGCUGGACCUUUCCUCCGGGCCGCAGCAGCGGUGCCCGAAGCCCCUCUUGACUUCGAGCCCCGGCUGUGA